CACUAGUUUAACCCUCUCCUUGCUGUGGCCACAUACAUGUACCCAACUUUGGUUACAGCAGAAGUCAUCGAGAACUGGGGUAGUCUUCAACACAACUCAUACCACUAAUUUUAUAGAUUCCACAUAAUGAGAUCGUACGAAGCAUUCCAUGUUUUACUAGGAUUUCUUUUGAGGCUAAUGUAUGUUGGGAUACGUUAACGUUGAAGCAGCCAUAAGUAACAUGGGGCCCGCCAGGUACAAUGUCGGUGGGGUCAAAGAGUAUUGGACCUGCAGGAAAGAUAUCGACUGCAUUGGUGUCGGGUAUUGGUAGCGAGUGUAACACGUGUGAAUCCAUAACCUACAACUUUUGACCCCGUUGUCUGUCACGGGUGCGAGUACGAGUCCAAAGGUCUUAUAAUCGCUACAGAAAAGUAUUACCUUACCAGUACCGAGGUCAAGAUGGCCGACAAGACUGAGUACCGAUUCCUGGGCGGCAGCGGUUUGAAGGUGUCCAGCAUCUGCCUGGGCACCAUGACGUUUGGAGACUGGGCGCUUUUGCCCGGCCAGUGCGACGAGGCUGCCUCCCAUGCCAUCCUGGAUCGCUACGUGGAGCUGGGAGGGAACUUCAUAGAUACAGCAGACGUGUAUGCAGAAGGCAGGUCUGAGGAAAUAAUAGGAAGCUGGUUGGAAAAGCAGCAGCGAGAUAAGUUUGUUGUAGCCACCAAAGUUCGGUCCAACACCCGUAAAGACAUCAACCGCCAAGGGCUAAGCCGCCAUCACAUCAUGCAGUCCAUAGACGAUAGUCUGCGCAGGCUCCAUACGGACUAUGUGGACCUGUACCAGAUCCAUAUGUGGGACGAGGCUGUCCCCAUCGAAGAGACCCUGUUAGCUCUGAAUGACCUGGUGCGCGCAGGGAAGGUGCGUUACCUGGGCGCCAGUAACGUCACCGGCUGGCAGCUGCAGAAGAUUGUUGAUCUCAGCAAGUCCAUGGGACUCAACAAGUGGAUUUCUCUUCAGGUGCGCCAUAUUUGGUUUUACAACGAGCAGUUUCAAGAUAUAUUUGCCGAGCAUCGACCAUAUUUGGCACUGCACAAGUCCACUGUAAAAAAAAAGUCCGCCUAUAAUGAGCCCGCUGAGACUAAUGGUAAAACCCUGGCGCAGGUGGCAAUCCGCUGGCUGCUACAGAAGGACGUGGUGUCGUCUGUCAUCAUUGGCGCGAAAACUCUUCAGCAGCUGGAGGACAACAUGGGCGCCGCCACUGGCUGGGAGAUCGCGGAGGAACAGAUGGCUGAACUUGACACUGUCAGCCAGAUGGAACCAACCUACCCGUAUAGAAUGAUCACAAGUAGGAACAGAGACAGGGUGAGGAAAAACCUGUGCCAGUAGAGUACCCGACACUACCAACGGCGUUGCCGGCAUGGCUUCUCGUGAAAGUUGUCCAGAUAACCAUUAUCUGCUAUACAAGUAUAUUGCUGUUCGAUACAUGUUACUUCCACAGCCUGGAUUAGUGUACACUACGCCAGAUCAUGAAUGAUGAACACUACAACUUAUGAAUGGAUGAGAUUAGACUCUAAUGUGUACUCAUUUACAGGAUAGGAAAUAUAUUCAUACAUAUUUGUUAUAUAUAUCAUUAAGCACAUAUCCAGUGCUUUAUCAUGCUACUACUUUAUUUACAGCAGGUUGUUGCUAAGGCAUCAACAGGUAGCAGAAGACCAAACAAACAGAACUUUAAUAACAAGCAAUACAUCAUUCCACAGAUGCCACAUUAUUGCUUUUAAUGACCAGUACCAAUACAUACAUUCACUCUUUGUGCCUUUGAAAUAAGUCUCUUGAAGCUAAGUAGGCAGAAAUGACAGCCAGCACCAUCUGUUAGUUCAACAUCGGAUACAUCAGAAGUCAGCAGGUAGUUGGGUAAUCUUCACCACAAAUCUUGUUGUUCAUACCUCCUUAUUUUGAAGAUCACACAUAAUGAAAUUGUACGAAGCAUUUAAUCCAGAUCUCUUAUAUCAACCCUGUCUUUAUGGUCAACGUCAGUGUAUCUAUUACAAAACAUUGAUACACCUAUUUCAGUACAUACACAAUAUGUAAACGAUCAUCAGUAUGUUGAUAAAAGGUCGUUCAUAACUAAACAAACAAAACCGGAAAUCUCGCUGCAGUACCAAUGAAAAUCCAUAAGAAACAGAUGUUAGACACUGCAGAGCAAGUGGCAUUUCAGAACCUUACAGAAAACCAUACAAAACCACAGGAUAUCAAUUUAAAUAGCUCAUUGUGUUGUCAACUAUCUACAGUGGCAUGGCACAUGGAACUGAUCGCUGCAAAUAAAACCUGCAACAGGGGUUCAUUUCA